AUGGUAACUCGCGCCACUUGGGUGGAACCGCGAUUCCUGUUAGAUGAACAAGAAAGUGGAAAGGAAGGCAGACGGUUCGAGUGGAUCCUCGAAAGGAAAUCUAAGAACCGACAGUACCAUGGUCGUACUUGUGCUUCCGACUUCCCCGGAAACUGGCUGUUUAGGGCUCUGAUUGGAGCGCGGAUGUUCAGUCUAGCGGCCGCCCACACCCAGCCGGGCCACUUUUUCAUCCUUCGCCCCUGUAACACACAAAGUGGAGGUGUGGCCAGUGAGCUUAACAGCCUAGGUCAACUUCUAGGCGAUCGGCAAGAAUUGUGCUGCCACGAACUCCUUGGUCCUGCGUACUUUGCAUACAUCAAGUACAUUUGCUCAAGAAAAUUCGCAUCCUGCGAACAGAUCUCAUUGCGGAAUGAUAGGUGUGUUCAAGAAUGCCCGGCAAUGGUGCAAUCUGAUGCUGCAGUAGUGAGGCCAGGCGAAUACCCGAUCUGGCGAAAGGUCGAUCGGACGCGACCGAGGAGCGAAGCUUUCGAGAUCUGCGAUAUCGAGGUGAGGGGUAUUUACGAGACUUGA